AUGCAAUACAGCUCCGACUUCCUGGAAGUGGAUGACUUGAAACUGCACCUCCAGAGCACAGACUAUGGGAACUUCCUGGCCAACGAAGCCUCCCCGCUUACCGUCUCCGUCAUAGACGACAAGCUGAAGGAGAAGAUGGUGGUGGAGUUUCGUCACAUGAGGAACCAUGCUUAUGAGCCCCUAGCAAGUUUUCUGGACUUCAUCACGUACAGCUACAUGAUUGACAAUGUCAUUCUGCUGAUCACUGGGACCCUGCACCAGCGUUCGAUCUCUGAACUGGUGCCCAAGUGCCAUCCUCUGGGAAGUUUUGAGCAGAUGGAAGCCGUGAACAUUGCCCAGACGCCUGCGGAGCUCUACAAUGCAAUCCUGGUAGACACUCCCCUGGCUGCUUUCUUCCAAGACUGCAUAUCUGAACAGGACCUGGAUGAAAUGAACAUCGAAAUAAUUCGAAACACACUGUAUAAGGCUUACCUGGAGUCCUUCUACAAGUUCUGCAAGGUGCUGGGAGGUACCACGGCAGAUGCCAUGUGCCCCAUCCUAGAGUUUGAAGCUGACCGGAGGGCCUUCAUUAUCACCAUUAACUCAUUUGGUACCGAGCUGUCCAAGGAGGACCGAGCAAAGCUGUUCCCGCACUGUGGCAAGCUCUACCCUGAGGGCCUGGCUCAGCUGGCCAGAGCAGAUGACUACGAACAAGUCAAAAAUGUUGCAGACUACUACCCUGAGUACAAGCUGCUAUUUGAAGGGGCUGGCAGCAACCCUGGAGACAAGACCCUUGAAGACAGGUUCUUUGAGCAUGAGGUGAAGCUGAACAAGCUGGCCUUCCUCAACCAGUUCCACUUUGGAGUCUUCUACGCCUUCGUGAAGCUGAAGGAGCAGGAGUGCCGCAACAUUGUGUGGAUCGCAGAGUGCAUUGCCCAGCGGCACAGGACCAAGAUUGACAACUACAUUCCCAUCUUCUAACCCUGCUCUGCUCCUGUCCGACCCUCCUGCCCCUGGAGUCCGGAGGGACCCCUGUCUAACUCCCUGAGUUAUCCCUUGCCCAGACUCCAGGGAUGUCCCAUCUGUGGAACUGGCUCAGAUGAGGAAACUAUACAGUUGCUAGUUAAAUUAUUCACAAGCUGAAGUUUGAGUUGUGUGUGCUGCGAGGGGUCCGGAGGGACCAGUGGCACAGGCUUGGCCCUGUGUAGCAGGAGAGACACCUCCUGUUGUGUAUCUCAUAGUCCCCGUGUUACUGUACUAAUCUGCUGUAUGCGCUUACGCUCGUAGAGCAAGCACCAGCCGGGGCGUUGCUGCCUCCAAGGGGUUCCCACCGCCGCAGAGGAACGCAUCACG